UGAGGGCGAGUCCAUUUACGUCAGCCACGACAACGACAUCAACGAAUUCCUCGAAGUAUCAGGCAUUGCGCAAAACUUAUUAUUCACACUGCGGACCGUUAGUCACCACAUCGUCACAACCGGUCUUCCGGUUGCCGAACGUCCGCGUCGAUUGCCUCCAGACAAAUUAAAUGCCGCAAAAAGGGAAUUCAAACGCAUGAGAGAAUUGGAAUGGUGCAGACCAUGCAGUAGCCCGUGGGCCAGUCCUAUCCACAUGGUCCAAAAGAAAACAGGCGAAUGGAAGAUCUGUGAUUUAUCCAAAGCAUAUAACCAAAUUCCCAUAACCAGCGAGGAUGUACCAAAGACGGCCGUGAUUAUUCCAUUUGGAUUAUUUGAGUUUACGGUAAUGACGUUUGGACUCUAUAACGCGGCGCAAACCUUUCAGAGCGCAAGAAUUACGGAUCGAACAAUACGGCAAAAAUAUGUCUGGCCACACAUGCAUAGAGAUAUAACCAAGUGGGCGAAAAACUGCAUAGUGUGCCAACUGUCUAAGACGUCGCGCCAUGUAAAACUCUUACCUAUCGACUUCACAGCACCUGACGGACGCUUCGAUCACGUUCAUAUGGAUUUAAUCGGCCCUCUACCACCAUAUAAUGGUUUUUGAUACCGUCUAACAAUUGUAAACCGUUUUUCUAGGUGGCCUGAAACUCCCAAUUUCGGACGUGUCCGCCAAAACAGUCACACGCGCGUUUUACGAUCACUGGGUAGCGCGAUACAGAGCUCCCAAGAUAUUAACUACCGAUCAAGGUAAACAAUUCGAAAGCUAGAUAUUCGACGCGCUUCUAAAAUUGACCGGUUGUAAAAGAAUACGCACGACGGCGUAUCACCCCGCAACAAACGGGUUAGUCAAAUGCUGGCAUCGUACAUUAAAAGCAGCGUUAACAUGCAAUAACUCCCCUAACUAGGUUAAUAUGAUUUCCAUAGUCCUAUUAGGAUUACGUACUCAAGUUAGGCUUGGUAUUGGCGCGUCACCAGCCGAAUUUUUAUUUGGGACCAUGUUAAGAGUUCCCAGCGAAUUUGUAACAAAUAACGAUUUUAUCCCAGACCCGCAAAUUUUUAUGGAAGACUUCCGUACAUUCAAGUGUGAAUGUAAACCAGUACCUGUUACCCAUAAGUACAAAAAACGCGCGUUCUACUUUAAGGAUUUGGCUACGCGUACAUAUGUAUAUGUACACAUAUUUGCACGCCAAGAAACAUAUACAUUUUAGUCCCGACACCAAGCGUUACUAAUAUAUAUUAAUAUAAAUUAUAACGUUAAGUAUUAUUCUUUUAUAUGCAAAAACGUACAGUAUUAUUAAUAUUAUUAUUAAUAAUAAUAUCAAAUAAUAUAAAAAAUGUCAUUGAUUGAAAUCGAUUUAGUACAUGGAACAUGGCCAGUUAUUAGAGGAUGAAGAGUCCUCAAAGUUAACUUCAGAUGCUG